AUGUCUUCCCAAGUGCAAGAAAACCUGGUCUCCUCGAACGAGAAAUACGCCUCCAAUUUCAAACACGGUGAUCUCCCACUCCCGCCUGCGAAGAAGUAUUUAGUUGUAACAUGCAUGGACGCGCGCAUCGACCCAGCUGCCGCGUUCGGCAUCUCCCUCGGCGAUGCCCACGUGAUCCGUAACAUGAUGUUCACCCAGGCUGGUGCCUCCGCCUCUGACGCUCUCCGCUCCAUCAUAAUCUCACAACAACUCCUCGGCACGAACUCCGUCCUCCUGAUCAAGCACACAGGCUGCGGCAUGCUCACAUUCGAAAACAGAGAUAUCUAUCAGGUAAUCAACCGGAAUCUGGGGCAGGGGGCGACGGGGGAAUUGGAGGCCCAGAGUUUCGACUUUCAGCCGUUCCCGGAUCUAGAAGGCGCGGUGAGAGAGGAUGUAGAGUUUUUGAGGAAGAGUCAGUUGGUGGCGAAGGGAGUGGAGGUGAGUGGCUGGGUUUAUGAGGUUGAGAGUGGGAGGGUGAGGAAGGUGAUAUGA